UAUUAGUUUAAUCAUAGAUGUAAUAAAAGUAAAAUUAUACAAUUUAAUAAACCACCUUAAUUGACAUUAUUAGAAUUUUUAAUAAUUAAUAUUUGCACAAUUAAAUUUAAAAAAUUGAAAAAACAAUUAAUGAUGGAACACGAGUGAAACACUUAAAUAACAUAAAUGAUUCCAAGUGAGUAUAUGUAAUGUCAUUAUCACCAUAUAUACACACAAAUACUUACAUUUUUGUGAGGAAAUAUAAUGUUUUCUACAUCUAUUAAAUUCCAAGUUUAAGUUGAGAUACAUCCAUCAAUGUCUAAUAAAGACUUGGUAUAGACCAAAGAAGUCGGUCAAAUAUAUAUAGCCCCAACUAAAGAAUAACAAAAUAUUAGAGGCUCAAAUUAUUAAAAUACAAAAAAGAAGUGCAAUAAAGUAUCAUUAGAGAAUGAUUUUUGGAUUAGUUAAGGUUACACUUUUGUUUUGGUUAGCUUUAGAUUCCCCUCAUUAUUUUCUCUAAAUCCAAAAUUCACCCCAGAUUGAAUAUGCCAAUUGCCAAGAACACCCUGCUCACUCCCAAAUCUCAUCUCUCUCUCUCUCUCUCUCUCUCUCUCACACACACACACACACACAUACACACACACACACACUCUUCUUCUCUCUCUCUUAAUUCUCGCAGCAAACCCCUCCAGCAUUGUUCAUAUUUCUGUUCCUAAAUUAGAUGGGCUGCUGUAUUGCGGCGUCUGACAUUCAAAAAAGAAGAAGAAACAACGAAAAGGAAAUCUUGAAGCAAAAAAGGUGGAAUCUUUUGCAGACCCAUCAUGCAUUCUUGAGCUACAGUGGGAUCUCUUGAUCUUUCUUGCAGAUGAAAAUGCGAGGGCUCUUCUGGGUAAGUCUGUUUUUUUCUGCGGGAAUCAAAAUGUGAGGGGCGUAUAAAAUUUCACGCAUUACUGUGUGUUUGUAUGUGUAUUCUUGAAUUUGUGAUGAUGGUGGCUGCUGUUUCCGGAGCAGCUUCGACAACCGCCCCCCAAAACCCCAAAACUACCGCUUCCCACCACGAGCACGGCCGAAGGCCGCCAUUGCUGCCCUCUGAAAAGGAUAACAGCAAUGGGAUUUCGAACAACCCUAAAAAGCCCAAAUCAAGAAUUGUGUCUUCUAGAUACAUGUCCCCUUCAACUUCCACCUCCACUUCAAAUUCCUCUUCACUCUCCUCUUCCUCGUCUUCUUCUAGAAGGUUCCCCUCGCCUGUGGUUUCAAGAAACUCCACCCCUUUGCCGAAUGCGCCUUCUUUAACCUCUAAGAGGUCGGUUUCUGUAGACAGGAGGCGGCAGGGGGUUUCCAGGCCUUUAACACCUGAUUUUGAUCCCAAAAAUGGUAAUGUUUCAGCUGCCACUAAGCUUCUUGUGACCUCAACUAGGAGUUUGUCUGUUUCAUUUCAAGGGGAGGCGUUUUCGCUGCCCAUUAGUAAGACUAAGGUGGCCCCUCCUUCCCCUAAUUUGACUAGUGUGAGGAAGGGGACUCCGGAGAGGAGGAGGAGUAGUACUCCAUCGAGAGGGAAGGCCGACAUUGUAGAUAGUUGUAAGCUUGCUGAUCAGCAUAGGUGGCCAGCUAGGCAUCGAUUGAUGAAUCCCCUUUCGAGGAGUUUGGAAUGUAGUGGCAAUGUUGAGGAUAGGAGUUCCCUAAGUGGGUCUGUGAGUGCAGUUCGAUCACUGCAGCACUCAAUGAUUGAUGAGCGGAGGCCUUCACUUGAUGGUAGGGCAUGUCUUGAUUUGGGCCACCCUGAGCUUCCAAAUGUGGUUCAGCGAUCCCCUUAUGGAAAUUCAGUUAAUAAUGAGGUGCUGAUGCCAUGUGACCUCACCACGUCUGAUUCGGAUAGUGUCUCAUCUGGUAGCACUUCAGGAAUUCAAGAAUGUGGCCGGGCUUCCCAAAGGCAAAAUGGGCCUCGUGGGAUUUUUGCUUCAGCUAAAUUUUGGCAAGAAACUAACAGCCGACUUAGGAGACUGCAGGAUCCUGGCUCCCCUUUGUCUACAAGUCCUGGCUCUAAGCUGAUUGUACCGCCUAAAUUGAAAAAGUAUAGUGGUAACGGUUCAAUUUUAUCAUCCCCAAGAACAAUGUCUUCUCCUAUUCGUGGUGGUGUUAGGGCUGCAUCUCCUAGCAAGCUUAUGACACCUGUGGGAUCGUCUCCAUCGAGGGGGCAUAGUCCAUCUCGCAUCAGAAAUGCUGUUAGCACCAUUAACAACAAUUUCACUGACACACCCUCGGUUCUUAGUUUUGCUGUUGAUGUACAGAGAGGGAAAGUUGGGGAGAGCAAAAUCUUAGAUGCUCAUUUUUUGAGACUUUUAUACAAUCGGCACUUGCAGUGGCGCUUUGUAAAUGCUAGGACUGAAGCAGUCUUGCUUGUACAGAAACGCAGUGCAGAGAAGAAUCUGUGGAACGCAUGGAUAACAAGCUCAGAUCUACGUGAUACUGUCGCCAAAAGAAGACACAGAUUGCAGUUGCUAAGGCAAAAGUUGAAACUAGCUUCCAUUUUAAAAAAACAAAUGACAUUUCUGGAAGAUUGGGCAUCUUUGGACGAAAACCACUUGAUUUCUGUGGUUGGAGCUAUUGAAGCUUUGAAGGCUAGCACUCUUCGUCUUCCAGUUGUCGGAGGAGCCACCGGCGAUGUCCAAAGCUUGCAGAAAGCUAUUGGUUCAGCUGUUGAAGUUAUGCAAGCAAUGGCAUCCUCAGUAUAUUUGCUUCUCCCAACGGUCGAGGAAGUGAGUUCUUUAGUGAGUGAACUUGCGAAAGUAACGAAAAAGGAGAGAGCUUUGCUUGAGCAAUGCACAGACUACAUUUCCCUUUUAGAAGCCAUGCAGGUUAAAGAAAGUAAUCUAAGAACACACCUAGUACAGUGUAACCGUGUACGAAGAGCAUGUCCGAAGACGGGUAGAAGUGAUUGUAUCUGACUGUGUGUUGUACGUGCUAACUGUAACACUGGUGACCUAGUGGAGGCGGCAGAAUUCGAGGUAAAUGAGACGGGCCAGACAACUAAUCUUCGACUUCUUCAUUUCGCAUUUUUUGGUAACAUAUGUUUCGCCUGUCCUUACCUCAUCACAGGUAUCUAAUAUUACAGUUUUAUCUCACUAACUAGCUAGUGCACGCUCUCUCUUUCUCUCUCUCUCAUGGAGAAUGUGGAGAAAUUGUUGUAUAUAUAUAGUGUAAUAUUCUAACCGUGUAUCGUCGUUAAGAAAUUCUUGCUAAGUCCGAAUUGUA